UUUAUAUUUUCCAUACAUUUUAUACUCUCGAGAUGGAUUGUGACAAUCCGAGUUCGGAGGAGACGCGCGAACGCGUUGACAACGCAAUCCUGACCGCCAUGGAGGAUCUGGAUCGGGACUAUCUGCGCAAGUUGCAGAUCGAGAUGCACAGGUGUGCGACCGCCUGUUGUGCGGAUGCGGAUGCGAAUGCGGAGGCGGUGGAGCGAUGCGUGGACCGCUGCCAGAUCCGUUUGACCCGAGCCCGCUGCUUCGUGCAGCAGGGUGUAUCCGACUUUGAGAAUCGCCUGGAGAAGUGCAUCCAGCAGUGCCGCCUCAAUGGAUCCGAUUAUGGCUUGGAACAUUGCACCAGCAACUGCGUGGAUAGCCAUGUGGGAUUGUUGCCCGAAAUGUUCAGGGCUAUGCGAGAUACCCUGGAAAAGGGUGUUUAACAGAGGACACUUAUGUUUUGAUUUAUUUA